CCAGCAGCGUCUCUCACAGUGAGUCCUCACAGACUGCAGCACUUCAGCACAGAGUCACUGUCACUGAGCUGUGAGGGAAACUCUACUGAGUGGAGAGUGAAGAAGGCUGAUGAAUAUGGCAUUGUGUCUUCCUGUUAUUACUGGGGAGAAAUGACCGUAUCCACAUGCAACAUCAACACUGGAGCCAGUAGUGGAGUGUACUGGUGUGAGUCUGAAACACAGUUCAGCAAUGCAGCCAACAUCACUAUACACAGAGGUGAUGUCAUCCUGGUGAGUCCUGUCCGUCCUGUGACUGAGGGACAUUCGGUCACUCUUGGCUGCAAGUUGAGGACAGAAAACCUUCUUUAUGAUGUGGAUUUCUAUAAAAAUGACAAACUCCUCCCAAAUGCUGUCAGAGGGGAGUUGCUUAUCUCUGCAGUUACUAAGUCAGAUGAAGGCUUUUAUAAAUGUAGAGGAAGGAAAUCACCUCGAGGUUUGGAGACUUUGACCUCAGCAGAGAGCUGGUUGUCAGUGAAAUAUCGUGAAGAAGCAGAACCAAGCUCCUUGUUGCCCGUGCUGUUGGUUGUUGGUCUGGUUUCUGGAGUUUCACUGAUUAUUCUCCUGCUUCUGUUUCUGUGUUGCUACAGAAAGUCAAAAGCUUCAAGCCUCAGCAGGUCUCAGAGGACCAAUCAGAACCCAGCCACAGACCACAUGAUCAACCAGGGUCAAACUCAAGACGGACAUUACGCUUCUCUUCUUCCUGGUGGUUCUUGUGUCUAUGAAACACUCAGAGGCUCUGAAGAACCUGAACAUGGGAUGAAUGAUGCACCAGAGGAGAGCGUUUACCAAAAUGUGAGGAUGGAAACAGCUGCAGAUGCAUAAAAACAUCUGCAUGAACAGAACCAGGGGAACGGAUGACGACAUGAAAAACCACAUCUUUGUCUUUUUGAGUAAUUGUGUGAAAUUCUUCUUUCCUGAUAUGAGACAGUAUAUUGUGGUUAAUGAGCAGAUUAUUUAAAGGAAAUACAUCAUAUGUCUUUAAAAGUUUACUUUUAAUUAUUCCAUCUACUUAUUCAAAUGUUGGUGUUCCUUUUAUCUCCUCAGACACUUUGUUUUAAAAGUUUAUUUUAAUGGAGGCUGGUUUGAAAAGCAGAAAAAGCAGAUUGGCGUCUGACGUUGAUGAUAUUUUUCUAUAUGUGUAACGCACCACAAGAGACAGGAGUAAACCCAAGCGCAGAGCGCAGAUUUAUUGAACAAAGGCAAACAGGGGUUAGGCGUAGUCGUGUCCAGGAAACAGGCAGAUGGUCGAUAUUGAGGAGAGCGUAGAUAGGCAGAGGCACCGUCAGGGAUCAGGCAGGCGGGAACGAGGUCUGGGACGAACGAGGGGUCUUCAACGGGAGGCAGGAAUAGGAGAUCAGGAAAACGCUCAGAAUGUGAUGAAACAUGCACAAGACUUCGCAAAGAGCUCUGAGGAGUCAGGAGCUAUAUACACAGUCCCUCUUAAUGAGUGACAAGCCACAGGUGCGUCUUCUUUUAUUUCUGAUAAAAAAGCUUUUAGCAUUCAUUACACAUUUUAUCUGCUAUUGGACAACAUAU